CAUUCACAGCCCUGGGCUCAGCCGCUCCCCGCUCAGGGCCUCAGGCUCAUCUCCUCCCUCGGUUACACUGGAGCUGCCCUUAAACCUCUCCCUUCUCUCGGACUCUCUCCUCCCUUGCUCUUCCUUCCCUGGCGGCGACGACUGGGCGAGCGGCGGCGCCAUUUGUCCUGUCUUCGCCCAGCCCUUUGCGGGCGACGAGCGCAUCCUCCAGAAUUAUCGGGUGUACAUGUGUACACCCAUGUCCUAUGCUGGGUCCGCCCCUGGGGAUAUACAAUGACAGGUGGAUCAGGUGUGGUGGUGAUAGACAAUGGGGGUGGCCUUCUCAAGGCUGGCUUUGGCGGCGACAAGGAUCCAAUUGCUGUUGUCCCCAACUGCAUGGCCAAACCCCCUGGUGGCAACACCAAGAAAUGGCUUGUGGCUGACCAGCUGCAGGCGGAUGAUGUUGAUGUGACUGGCAUGACAUUGAAGCGUCCCAUUGAUCGUGGUUACCUUAUCAAUACUGAGGUGCAGAGGGAGGUUUGGGAGCGGGUUGUACGCAACUUGCUGCAGGUGGAUCCUAGCAACUCAUCCUUGUUACUGGUGGAGCCCAUGUUCAACCCUCCAGCUCUGCAGCAUGCAGCUGAUGAGCUGGUGUUUGAGGAAUUUGGUUUCAACUCUCUCUGCGUUGCAGAUGCUCCUUCCCUUGUCCACCUUUAUGAGGCUAGCCACCAACCAACGCGCUUUUGUGCUCAAUGCAGCCUUGUUGUUGACUGUGGCUUCUCUUUCACCCAUGCAUCCCCUGUGCUUCAGAACUUUAUUCUGAAUUAUGGUGUGCGGCGUAUGGACCUUGGCGGCAAGGCCCUUACAAACUAUCUCAAAGAGCUUGUCUCAUACCGCUCCCUUAAUGUCAUGGAUGAAACACUCCUCAUUGAUGAUGCAAAGGAAAAGCUAUGCUUUGUCUCCAUGGAUGUCCCUGGUGAUCUUCGCCGUGCCAGGUUAUCAUUUAAAGACAACCCUUUUAGAUGUUCUUACAUUCUCCCUGAUGGUAUAACAUACAAGAAAGGAUUUGUCAAGGAUAUGGAUGAAGCACUUAGAUACUGCUCUCCACCACUUGAUCAAGAAUCAGAUAGAAAAGACCACAGCGUGGAGACAAAUAAGUUCGAAGAUCGGAAAAAGCCAGAACUAAGUCAAAAUGAAUUUGCCUUGACAAAUGAAAGGUUCCUUGUGCCGGAGAUGCUUUUUCAUCCAAUCGACCUUGGUAUAAAUCAAGCUGGGCUUGCUGAGUGCAUAGUUCGCGCUGUACAAGCCUGCCACCCAUACCUUCAACCUGUGCUUUUUGAGAGCAUCAUCCUGACAGGUGGAAGCACAUUGUUCCCCAGAUUCACUGAAAGACUGGAGAAGGAACUUCGGCCUCUUGUCCCUGAUGACUACCAGGUGAAGAUAAUUCGUCAAGAGAACCCAAUCCUUGGAGCUUGGAGAGGUGGAUCCAUUUUGGCGUCCAGCCCCGAUUUCGAAUCGAUGUGUGUCACGAAAUCCGAGUACGAGGAGAUGGGGUCGGCACGGUGUCGGCGAAGGUUUUUCCAUUGAAGGGUAGGCCAGAAGAGUAGAAGGUGGGUGUGUUUUUGUAGAUAUGACAAGCAGUGUGCCUUAGAUCAGGGUAUCUGACAAUUCAGUCAUGUACAACAGCAGUACUAGUUGAAGUUUGGUUAACGGUAACUAAAUGACGACUAUCGUUUUAGAAGCGCCUUCGUUCUGGUUCA